GCAGCAAUCAUUUUAUUUGUAUGUUUAUGUUACGUUUUAUGUUAUGUUGUUUUUUGUGUAUCUCAUCUGGCUUGUUUACUUUAUAUUUUAACAGAUGGCAAGUGGUGGACGAAGUCAAGUAUGGGAGCAUUUCACAAAAGGCCCAUCAGGUACAGUCACAUGCAACAUCUGUACAGCCUCUGUGAGCCAGGGAUCUGGCAGCCUCAAAUUUAAAAAUACAUCCAACUUGUGGGCACACCUUAAAUCAAAACACAAAGAGAUGUACGAGAAGAGGCAAAAAGAAGCACAGCCAACCACAUCAUCAUUGAUGAAUAUGACACAGCCAAACCUAAAACAAGUGCUAGAGAAAACCACAAAAUGGACUCCAAAUGAUCCAAGAACUCAAGAAAUGGACAAACUCCUGAUGGAGAUGAUAGCCACUGACAUCCUGCCUUUUACAGUUGUUGAGGGUGCAGGGUUUAAAAGGGUUAUGGCCAAAGCAGAGCCCAGAUACCCAUUAAAGACAGAUACAUUUUUCCGUGCAAAGAAGAUGGAUGAGAUUUACACAGGAGUUGUAAACAAAAUAAAGAAACUGCUGUCAGUUGAAAAUGCAGGAAACAUAAUUUCUUUUACCACCGACUGUUGGUCAGGGUCAAAUGAGGCACUCAUGAGCCUGACUGCUCAUUUCAUUGACAAGAAUUGGAAAAAGGUCCAACUUGUCUUGAACGUGAAAUCCUUGUCACAGUCCCACACAGGACAGUACAUUGGAGAGACAUUUCUGUCCAUGCUUGAAGAAUGGGAAAUUGAUGAGGAGCGGGUCAUGCUUGUACUCAGGGACAGUGGGGUAAAUAUGGUGAAAGGCAUGCGCCUUGUUGAGAUGCCAGACCUGAGCUGCAGUGCUCACAUACUGCACCUAGCUAUCAAUGAUGGCCUCAGUUCCCAGAGAGUGGUGGUGGACAUUCUGGCAAAGCUGAAGAAAAUUGCAACUCACUUCAACCACUCUGUUACGGCACAGCAACGCCUAUCUAAAAUUCAGGAGGAGCUAGGUGUCCCACAGCAUUCGAUCAUACAGGCAGUACAGACAAGGUGGAACUCGACACUGCACAUGUUGGUGAGGAUGAUUGAACAGAAAAGAGCCAUCACUGCAUAUGCUAGCGACCAUGGACAUUUCUCAUGUCUGUCAGCAGAGGAAUGGUCCAUUGCGUCGAACCUGGCAGAGACCCUUGGACCACUGGAGGAGGUGACACUGGAAUUCAGCAGAGAGGACUCAUCCACAUCCUGCAUUAUACCAUGUUUAGCAGUGUUACAACGUUUACUGGAGUCAGAGGGACCAACCACCAGGGGUAUUCAAACCACAAGAAAAUUCAUGCUGGACAGUUUGCAAAAAAGAUUUGCAAAAGUUAAAGACGCUAAAGAGGUGGUGCUUGCCUGUGCCCUGGACCCACGCUACAAAGAGCGGCCUUUGGUACCAGAAAUUCUGGUAAAAGUGAAAACCUGGCUAAAAGAGGCUAUGGAGACCAGUCCACCAGAUUAUGCCACGCAAACUCCAUCUGAGGAGACCGAUCCCAAAAGGCCGAGAACAGAGGACCAAGUACCCAGUCUCUUAGACUCGCUGUAUGACACUGUGCUCCUUCCAUCCACCAGUGAGGCAGUGGAACCAGAGGGGAUCAUCGAAGAGCUAGAACGGUACUUCAGAGAGCCUGUCAUUGACAGAAAGAGUGGGAAUCCAUAUGAUUGGUGGAAACACAACACCAACCGUUUCACCAGACUGUCAGUUUUGGCAAGGCAGUACCUCUCCUGUCCACCCUCCUCUGUGGCGAGCGAAAGAGUGUUCAGCACCAUAGGUAAUAUAUAUGAGGAUAGGCGAAGCUCUUUGAAAGGAGAAAAUGCAGAGAAACUUUGCUUUUUGUACUACAACCUGCCUCUGCUGGACUGGAGCUAUUGAGGAUUGACUGAUUCAGUACACUACCUCAUAUAUACUGUUAACAAUUUAUAAGUAGUAUAGUUCAAAGUUAUAUUUAUGAAGCUAUACCAAGUCUUUUAAUACUGGUAACUUUGAUUUGGUUGUUGUUGUUUUUGUGUUUUUGUUCAAAGGACUUUACGUUUCAUAUCUUAAGUUUGUAUUUUUAUACAUUUUAUUUAUCAGGACUUUAAUAUAUUUUGAUGUUCCUCUGUUCUGUUGUGACAAUAAAAGAAACAAGUUUCUUUUUAAAAUGCAUUAUCAUAUUAUUUUAGUUAAAACUCAUAAAUAACUACAAAUAACUAAUGUUAGGGAAAUCUGUUAAUGUUUUGUUGCGCGUUUCUGUAAAAAAAAAUAU